GAGAGAGAGAGAGGUCAAUUCGUGAAGAGAAGACUAGCUUGCAAUCGAUUUCGGUUUUGACGGUCCGGAGAUCGAACCGGACCGGCACGAGCGCACCGCGCCGGGGGCGAGCCACGGCCCGAGCCGAGCCGAGUGCGCGCGCUAAGGAGGCGGUUCGGUUCGGUUCCGAGAAACCUCGCUCAUCGCUCCUCCUGCCUUCGAUCUCUAUCUGCAAUAUUCUCGUGGUCUGCGUCUCUCUCUCUCUCUCUAUUCUCUCAUCUCUCUCCUCUGAGUCCGAAUUGGAUAACGCGGAUUCUUCUCUGUUGCUUCAUUGCGCCCUCGCUCUCUGCGUUUUCAUUCAUCCAUUCAUUCGAUUUUUUUUUUUGCCUGCGGAAGACGACGGCGUGCCGCGGCUUCAGCUUCGUGGGUAAACGGUCGGGGGCUCUUCCGCCAAGUUUCUAGGGUUUCGUCUUCCGGAGUCCCGACGAAUCGAUUUUUGCUGAGAGAGUACGUGUGGAUGGAAGAUACUCCUUCAAUGUUUCAAGAGAGCUUUUUCCCUCUAGCUAGCAUGAUGUCUUUCGUGGUCUUGUUUUGACAUUAUCUCUUGUGAUGGCUGCUAAUCAAAGAAGAAAGCUGUCAAAUGGUGCUGCUAAUGUUGAUAGCACUUUGCGUGGACAAUCUAGGGCAAAAAGGAAACGUGUGGAAUUAGUAGAAGAUGGAUUAAACACAAAGUCCCAUAUAUCUCUUCAGUGGGAUGUGAACCAAGCGAGGGUUAUCGCUAAAAAGGAACAAAUUGGCAUCAGUUGGAGGGAUUUGAAACCGUUUGUUGAUUCUCUGCCGCAUGGUCACAAUAUCUUGGCUGAUGCCUUUGAUAUCCCGAGAGAAAUAUUUGACUUGGAGAACUUGAAGGAUGUGCUCUCCCAGGAGGCUUGGAGAAGAAGUCUAUCAGAAAGUGAGAGAAACUUUCUGAUGCAGUUUCUCCCUAGAGAAGCAGAGGCAAAGGAAGUUGUUAAAUCAGUGCUCUCAGGAGAUAACUUCCAUUUUGGAAAUCCUUUAUUCAAGUGGGGUGCUUCACUUCAAUCAGGUAAUUUGCAUCCUGAUGCAGUUGUUAGACGUGAACAGCAUUUAAAGGCGGAAAAGAAGGAAUACUACUCAGAGUUAAAGAAAUAUCACAAUGAUAUUAUAGGAUGCCUGGUGAAGCUGAAGGAGAGUUGGGAAAGCUGCAAGGACCCAGAAAAGGAAUUUGUUCAGAAGAUCCCUAGCAGGUCCAAAAAGAAUGCAGGAAAAAAGUUCUCAUCACCUCCAAAUGGAUCCAUAUUUCGUGAACUUGAAGAGAGUGUCUCUGCUUCAUCUGAAUUUUCGUCAUGGGACAGAGAUGAGAGGUCAAAUAACAGUGAUAAGCACCUAUCCGCUGUUAUGAAGGGUGUCGUUUCAAAGAAGAGGAUGGGCGAGAAGGGCAAGGGCAUAACCAGUAAUUCACUUGCUGUCUCUGAUAAUGUGCCUAAUGCGCAAAAGAAGCCAAAGAAAGUGAAAAAGCUAAGCAAAAGUAGUAUAAUCUACAAUGAUGGAGCCAAAUACAUGUCCUUCAUCAAGAUCAGUAAGAAGCAGCAUGAACUUGCCAAGAGCAUGGAGCGAUCUGGUGCUGCCAUUCACUCCAAGUCACUCAGACCACUUUUAGGCAAUCUUGAUGAGUUCAAUAUACAACCAUAUGAAGUAUUUGUAGAAGAGGAGCGGAAGAAGUUGCAUGAACACUGGGUGCAAUUGGCAAAAGAAGAUGUCCCUUCUACAUAUGCAAGCUGGAGGAACUUGCAAGAGGAGAAACAUUGUAUGGUUAGGGCAUUGGAGCAAGAACUUAACGAAAAGGUAGAUUGUUUUGCAGAGGGUGUUGAGGAUGAGGAAGAAACUUCUGAGGGUGUGUCUGUGGACAAAAAUGUUGAUGGCGAACAUAACACUCUCAACAUGGAAAAUGAGAAAGAGUCUCUUUCUGGUUCCUCUGAGGACCAAAAUGAUAACACAAAAACAGAAUUUGCUUUUGAUGGGGAGAAUGAUGAAGAGCCGGAACUUGACUUUUCCCCUGAUAGUAGAAAUGAUCAAGCCACUGGCCUUGCAUCAAUUACGCAGGAUGACCAAGAGCCUAUUUGUGGUCCUGUGCAUGAUCUAAAAGAUGUUGGUUCGGUAGACAAUAUUUCUACUGUGCAUGGAGACAGAAGUCCUGUUCAUGUGUCUUCCCACAACACAUCUAUGAAGGAGAUUGCCCCACCCAUUGACUGCCAUGAUUUUAACCAUCUGAAUCUCGGGUCUGUGGAUAAAAGAGCAACUUCAAGAUCAGAUAAUGGUCCUCACAAUGGAUCAUUCUCGGGAACCUUGAGCCGCACUAAUAUAAUGGCUGGUCAGGGACUUCCUCUUUCUUCUGGUGGUGGUAACAUCUGGCAACCAGUAAGCAUGCUUCACCCUUUCUAUAAUUGUAAUACAGGCCCUCAGGGCACCUCUUCCAGUGAGUUGAAACUCACACAUACGCCGGUUAAUAAUGACCAACGAGGGCACUGGAUGGAUGUUGAAUGCAACUUGCAUCAACAGUCAAACGAGGGUUCUCUGAAAUCCUACCCAAACCCAGACCAAAAUGAGCUUCUCCAAUCUAUUCUUAAGGGCCAGGACAUGAUGUCUUACAGUCAAGAGCAGAAACCUACAGAGUUACACUUUGCUCCGUCAAACAGUGUUUUGAUUGAAGAUUCUCGGUUUCCCAGUCACUUCCAUCAGCAGUCAAGUUUAUCUAUGCCCCUGGAGCAAGUACAAAAGACGGGAAACGAUGUUCUUUACAUGCAGCAAAAUAUGUCUGACAGUAUUUUCCCUGAUGGAGGCAGAUAUUUAUUCCAGAGGCCAGAGCAAGUGCUCCCCGUCAAUGUGCAAGAUUGGGCUGUGAAUCCUGUUCGUAUGCCUGACACUCUCCAACCCCCUCUAAUUGGUGGAGAUUUGUCCAGCCAAAACUGGUUUUCUGGUGAACGUCAUGUUCGUGGAGGCUGGACCAGUUCAGGCACAGUAUGUGCACCAAGUCAGAGUAUUGGAAGUGCAAGCAAUCUCGAUCAGGGUUUGUACAGUGUCUUGUCACAUUGCAAUCAACUACGUCCAUCAGGCACUUCUUAUGAUGCCAUUGGCUCUGCCGAGCAGUUUAUUCCUUCAAGGAAUUAUGCUCUGGUGGGCGGGCCUAUGCCCAGCAUGAGUAAUGUUUUACCUCCUGCAGCCCAUCCUCUCGAUUACAUGAAUAGGCGGGAACCAGCUACUUCCCUCAUGCCUACUGACACUGGAUGGAUAAACUUACCACAUCAGAACUCAAGCUUGAACGACUCAAUGGGGAAACCGUUCUUGGGUUCAUGGAAUCAAUAGCAACAGAGUCUUGUCCCUUUAUAUUUCUCACAAAAUGUCAGAAGGCGACCCCAAGAAGCCAUUAGAAGUAGAUGCCUGUAGAGCAAGAGUUUUGACUUGAUAGUUUAUAGGAGCAACAAGUUGCGAGAUCUUGAAGAUCCGCAGGUGUUGGAUAAAACCAUCCAGGAUAGGUUUCUGUACAUACCCAUACAAGAGCCAACCCAGCACAGUGUAUAUAACUAGCUGCUAGAUCUUAGAUGAGCAUUUGAGAGAAAAAUUUUAUGGUAGGACAAUUUUUCCGGGCAUCUCGAACAUGGGAAAAGGAUAAUUGAGCCUUAUUUUUGUGAUUCUGUUCUGUCUCUGUCUCGGUCUUCUCAUCUUUCUCCACAAGAGUUCAUCUUUGUAAUUUUGGCAUCCAUUGAUUCCUGGAAUAAUGAAUUGCUGAUAUACGGCCCGAUAAUUGCUCA